GUGGGCGGGCGCUAGCGCCCGGCUGAAAGAUGGCUGCCGCCGCCCGGCAGCCACCGCCCCGGAGGUUACUGUAGGGCCUGCGGCUUCCGCCCGUGCCCGCGAACCACUGCCACAGCCUUACCAUGAAGCCAGUGAGUCGCCGCACCCUAGACCGGAUUUAUUCCGCGUUGCUCCUCGCGGUCGUAUUGCUCUCCUGGGGAUACGUCAUCUAUGCGUCAACUGUAGCUGCACGACGACAACUAAGCAAGGAAUACCCAGACAAAAUCUUCGGAAUGAACGAAAAUUUGUAAUUCCUCUGGAUUUGAUUUCAUGCAUAUACAGUUCUUUACCUCUGAUACUUGUCUCGAUUUAAAGUAAAAUCUUUAAUAUAAUGA